CUUCCCUUGGUCCUCACUGCAACAAUGACGUUGGGUGCGACGUACCAAAGGUCAAGCCAGCUCACAGGCCAGAGCUUCCUUGACACAUUUAAUUUCGGAGCCAUCUCAGACCCCACCCACGGCAGAGUGACAUAUGUCAAUGAGAGUACUGCCAAAGUCGAUGGACUUGUUUCAGUGGCUAAUAAUAAACUUACGCUCCGAGCGGACUACACAACAAAAUUGUCUUCCUCCGGCUCGGGAAGAAAAUCUUUUCGGAUCAAGUCAACUUCCCAGUACAAGACUCACAUGGCAAUUUUCGACAUUGCGCAUAUGCCGCAAGGUUGUGGAACAUGGCUAGCUGUUUGUGAAGUGGGGGCAGACUGGCCAAAUCAAGGCGAAGUGGAUAUCAUAGAAGGCGUCAAUGAUCAGACCCCCAAUAAAUGCAGUCUACACACAGGCUCCAAUUGCACCAUGCCCUCUUCUGGCUCAAUGACAGGCACCGUCAAUGGUACAGAUUGCUAUGCAUACGAUAAUGGCAACGUGAGGUGUGGGGUCAAGAUCAACAACAAAAAGAGUUAUGGUCUGCAAUUUAACGACAACGGAGGUGGCUGGUAUGCGAUAGAAAGGCGCUCAACUUACAUCAAGAUUUUCUUUUGGGAGAGGACCAGUAGCUCUGUUCCAAGUGACGUUAAAUCUCCUGGUUCA